UUCAUCAAUUUCCCAGCCCUCUAUCAGCAAGCCCUAACCCCCACCAGCAUAACCCAUUAGUCACCAUCUUCCUUCCCUAUACUAGGAAGCCCCAACCCACCGCCGAAGAAAGCCGUUUGUGGUGCGCUAUUGCUCCGUCUCUGCCUCUGUCCUCGCCGCGUACGUGGCUCGCGUCUGCCGUUCUCCUUGCCGCGAACGUUGGUUGUGUCUGCCCCUCUCCUCUUCCCGGAAUGCGUGGUCAUUGCUGGUUGUCUCCUGGCCGUCGUUGCUAAAGCCGCUCCUCGCAUUGCGUCCUGGUCUCCCCUGUCGUGGUUGCUCUGCUUCUGAAUUGCGCACGGUCCUUGCCUCUUCAGCUCGUUGUGGCUCAAACACCGAUUUAGUUUAUGCAGCGUUAUUAUAGAGGAGCAGGACAAGGAUUAUGUUAAUCCAACUGAGGCUGAGAACUUAGACAAUACUUUGAAAGAGACAACAGUGAAGAAAACACGAGGACUUACACAAUGCUUGAAGAUUCAUGCAAGACAGCUGGAAGAUAGAGAAGAAAUUACCCUAGAUAGUGAAGGAGAGGCAAUUGGUCCUACUGAUGAAGCUGUAAACAACUUGAGUAAAUUUUUGGGCACAGUGGCAAGGAAUUCAGAUUUUUGUCCAUUAAUUUACACAAAUUGGAAGGGGAUUAAAGAUAAAGAAGCAAUUUGGGAAUAUGUUCAAGCUAAAUUCAUUAUUCCAACUGAAGGAAAGAGGAUGGUCCUUGCUCGUAUCAAUGACAACUGGAGAAGGUAUAAGACUACAAUAAAGCAAACUCAUUUUCUGCCAUAUAAAUGUGUUAAUGAGAUGCUGAAAAAUCGUCCUAAGAGCAUACCUGAGAGUCAUUUUCGUAAGUUAAUUGCUUAUUGGAGAACUGAGAAAGUUAAGAAAAUGUCUGCGCAGAAUAAGAAAAAUAGGGCACAACAGAAAUUUAGGCAUCGAAAGGGACCAAUAAAUUUUGCAAGAAUACGUGCAAGAUUGGCUGCUUUUAAGGAAAAUAAUGAACCACCUACUCAAGCAGAAAUGUUUGUUGAGACUCGCCAAAGCACAAAGGGAAAAUCAUUGGAUGAAGAUACUCUGGAUGUUAUUGCACAUUUGCAAGCUGAGAAUAAAAAGUCUAAAGAAUCAGCAAUUAGAGCUUUCCAAUCCAUAUUUGGGAAAGAGAAGGCAGGGAGAGUGCGAUGUCACGGAAGAGUUACCACACCAACUUUGUUGAAGAAAAAUGAGGAAAUUGCCACCCUUAAGCAGCAACAUGCAACUGAGAAAGCAACAUUAGAGAAUAAGGUUGAUGUGAUGCAAAAAGAAGUAGAUGAACUUAAAUCGCUUGUUAAGAUGAUGCUGCAACAAAAAAGCUCAGGAGUGGACCUUGACAUGUUAGCUGCUCAAUUAGGAAGCACUUUAGGGAAUCCGAACAAUGAUGCGCAUGAAGAGGAAAACUAUGUUGAAGGGGAAAUCGAACUUGAUUAAGGUCAACUUUUUAAAAGCAAAUGUUACAGAGUAAAAGUCAUGAACUUGUGGACAUCAUGACUAUUUGCUGCUUAGCUAUUUCAAUUCUCUUUUGUUAUUAUAUUUUUUGCAAACUUAGAUGAUAUUGUGGAUCUUACAACAAUUUUUAUAAGUUAAA